GGUUGCGAUAGUAUAAACUCACUAGGUAUCCUUUCAAGUCAUUCUCGACAGACGAUUGAUCCAUCCAGUAAGUCAAACUUCAUCCCUCACGCUUAUCAAUCGCUACGCCAAUCUAUAUCAGCGCCAUGAUAACGCCAUACUUACUAAGACGAGAGUCUUAAUAACCUGCAAUAUCCGCGUCAAUCCGUCUGUCAUUAUUAAUUGCAUUGCGACUUGCAGAUACCAGCAUACUACUGGCACACGUCGACUAAGACAUACAGUGGAAUUUGGACAGAAUACGGAGCUGUCGGAUCCCUUCUCUGCCAACACAUAUAUAGACCACCGCGUGUCCACUAGGCAUGAUGCGCGAUAAGGGCGAUCCAUUGUCCAACGAGAAAGGACACCUUUUUCAGUCCUUCAGUCUUGAAGAGCAGGCUGUCGCGCAACCCCUUCCAGCAAAACUCACUAUCGGCCAAAAAAUGGAACGCGCUCUUUAUUUUAUCUUCCUAGCAUUCUUCCUGGUGAUGACCGCACAUAGCCUCCGGUCGGACCCCCUAGGGAUAGGAAUCUCAAGACAUCAUAAGCUCUUAACCCUGGAACAAAGAGUAGACAAUAUCCUCCAGAAAACCCCAUUGAUUGAUGGCCAUGAUGAUCUUCCGUUUCUCAUCCGCUUGAAAUAUGGGAACCAUAUCUAUCAGGACAAUUUCACUACAAAAUUUGUUCAUGGCGACUUCCCCGGGCACGUUGACCUGCCUCGUCUUUCCAAGGGCAAAGUUGGUGGCACAUUCUGGAGCGUGUUUGUGGAGUGCCCCAAAGACUGGCAGGACUUUUCUGAUGCCACUUACGCUCUAAGUGUGCGUCAGACAAUGGAACAGGUAGACUUGUGGCUCCGCCUGCAGCAAGCCUAUCCGGACACCUUCUCCACGCCUCCAAAUGGUACCACAGCUCUUCAGCCCUUCCUGGACGGGAAGAUCAUCUCACCAAUGGGUAUGGAGGGCCUCCAUUCUAUCGGAAAUUCACUUGCCCAUCUGCGUCAUUUCUACGCGCAGGGUGUAUCGUAUGCAACGCUGACCCAUAAUUGCCACAACCGUUACGCUGAUGCUGCCGUCACCGAGCUCCCAGACGGCAGCGUGAAGAAGGCCGACCCCCUUUGGCACGGUAUCAGUGAGGCUGGAAAGGCUUUAGUUUCUGAGAUGAAUCGGCUCGGUAUGAUUGUUGAUUUGUCCCAUGUAAGCGCUGAGACCAUGCGAGACGUCCUGGGCGCAGGCAAGGACGACUGGGCGGGCAGUAGUGCGCCGGUCAUCUUCAGUCACAGCUCCGCAUAUGCCGUCUGCCCUCAUCCACGUAAUGUUCCCGACGAUGUGUUGAAGUUGGUCAAAUCACGGAAUUCCUUAGUGAUGGUCAACAUUGCCCCGGGCUUCAUCUCGUGCAAGGCUGGUGAUAGCCCGAACGGGCUCCCUGACUUCGUCCCCGAAAAUUCUACCUUAGAGCAUGUUGCCGACCACAUCAUGCAUAUCGGGCAUCUCAUCGGGUUUGACCAUGUCGGGUUUGGAAGCGACUUUGACGGCAUCGUUUCCGUUCCUCGCGGCCUGGACGACGUCUCCAAAUUUCCAGACCUUAUUGCCGAACUCCUCAGAAGGGGUGUCAGUGAUGAGGAUGCGGGCAAGGUCGUGGGAGGCAACCUGCUGCGCGUUUGGAAAGACGUAGACCGCAUUGCUCUUGACAAGCAAGCUAACGGAGCUCUGCCUCUUGAGGAUGAUCUUCCUGAGGUUUAAAUGUGGUCGUCCUAAAGCAUAGUCCAAUCUCUCUAUCCACGGAUACCUGUUCUUUACCACAAUGGAUAUGCCACGUAUUGUACCGAAUUCCUGACUGCUACGUUGACUAGAUUUAGCGGGACAUUAGCACCUGUAGUUUAGUCUGCUUUUUAGAGAGAUGUCGACAGGCUACGAUGAUUGUCUUUGGGUUGCACUCUCUGGC